AUGUCCGACCACCGUGGCGCAGGGCGCACGGAGCAUGAUGGGAAGGAGAACCGAAGGCGGCGUCAGAGGAGCGAACCAACGUGCACAAGUUCGGGCGGCUGGCAGAUCGCGUCGAACAGUCGCUGCCUUGCUUGUGGGCGACUCGCGGCCAUGUGCGACUGCCGCACAACUAGAAUGGACCCACAGCUCAAGCGACAGAAGCUUGACAGCUUCCUCCUCAACACACCGUACGUGCGGUGCAAGCAGCUCAAGGCACUUGACGACGCAGGUCGGGAAGAGUCGCGACACCGCCGUCGGCUGGUGGAGCAGUGGGGCGAUGAGCUCGAGGCGAUGGCGUACGCGGCCCUCACACAGCAGCGUCUCCUCUGCCUGGCUCUCGAGGAAACAGCAGAGCGAGAGGCUCUGACAGCUGUGGAGCGGAAGGGGAGGGCUGAGAUGAUGGUUUUCUUGGACCGCUACGUUGUUCUGUUUGCCGUGGUUAGGCACGAGCGGGAAGAGCGAUUACGGUUGUGCGCAUCAGCGCAGCGAGAAGCAAAGAUGCUUCUAGCUUGGCACACCGCGGUAUUCGAGCUGAUCAGCCUUCACAGCCGCGAGUGUGCCUUUCGUGACGCGCUUGUCAAUCACGAGGCAGCGGCAAGAUCAGCGCUGACAAGCCUUAAUGUGGAACUCCUCAAUGUGAUAGACAGCAACGAACGGGAGCGUCGCGCUGUCUACGGGGAGUAUUGGGGGCAACGGGAGCAGCUUGUGGCGAAAUGGAUUGGUGGAGUUGAAGCCAUUCAGAGUGACAUUUCAAUGAGCGUGAGUCGGAUUGGGCGGAUGAUGCAGGAGAGGCUCCGGCUGUUCGAGUUGUGCGAGGGGCACGCGUCCAAUAUCGAUGAGGAGGAGAAGACGACCAGGCAGCAUCUGUAUGGCAUCGCGGUCGAGGAGGGCUGCCUUGUGAUGGAGAGGCUCCGGUUGUGUGAGCAACAGUUGGAGGCCGUGGCGCAACAAGAGGCUGCAGCACGUGCUGCCAUUCUGCAGGACACCGCCGACGCCUACAACACAUUGUUCCUGGACUUCAGGCGCGAAGGGGAAAAGGCUCUGGAGGUGGAAGAGAUCAAAUGCCAAGAGAGGGAGAUGGAGCUUCUCGAGGCCAUACGCCACCUGCAAAGUAUUACAAUGGAAGAGGCGGCCGCCUUUGCAUCACUAAAGGCUCAGGAGCACCGCGAAAAGGACCUACGAUACCAGUGGAUGCUGCAGAAGGAAGGGCAGUGCUGUGAACUUGAGCAGGCUUCGCUCCACCAAGCGCAGCUGUUGUUUGAUGAAGAGGCCGCAUCUCGCCACGCACUGUUGAGUGCGAUGCAAGAUGAAGAAGUCGGGAUUGCUGCGUGGCUGCAGCAUAAGGCACGAAAACUACGGGAACUCGUGGAAACCGCUGUAGGUCAGAAGGGCGACAUACGCCUGCAGGAGCACGAGGAGCGCUUUGCAUUGGUAUCGCACAAAGCAGAGGACGAGGAUGCCGUGCGGCGCUGGAUCGAGCAAAAAGAAAUCGUACGGCAAUCUGUUAUAGCAGAAGAAGCUGAGCACCGUCUCAAUGGACUGGAGAUGGAGCGCGCCGCACGAGGAGAAAUCGCAUGGCACUUUGAUGCACGACUGGAAGGCUGUCGCUCUCUGGUUCAGGAACGGAUUGCAGCACAGGCAACGUUCCAGCUCAAGGCCCUAGCCUUCCUCGAGGGAAUCACGGUGCAGGAGACAACAGCAAGGCUCCUGCUACAACGUGCAGCCCACGAUGACGAGGAGCGAGCCCUGCAGGAGGAAGCCCACCGCCAAGUGCUCGACGUGCUCAAUGCAGAGACGGAACACCGAAGCCACAUGGUGCAGCAAGAAGUGCGCCACCGCGAGAGCAUUGUCACACAGAUGCUCCUGCAAAAGAGUUUCUUCGCAAAGGAGGCACAAGAGCUUCUCAAUGCACGGCUUUGUGAGGUCGUUGCGGCAGAAGAAGGCCAGCGCCACCUCCUCCUGCAUCUUAUAGGGGGGGAAGCAGAGCGCCUUUGUCUUGAUGGAAGGCGUUCCUUUGAAGAGGCCCAGCAACGAGAGCGAGGACGUGUGCGCGAGGAGUUGAACCGGCGUAAAGUUGCACUAGCAGAGGACGCGCGCCUGUACUGCGAAGACGAAGAGCUCACGUUCAGUCACAGUGAUGCGGCUCACCACCAGCACCAGAAAUGCACCGCGGCACAGGAUCCUUUGUUUGAUGAGUCGUGCCGCUUGCAGCGCCAACUCAUCGCUGCUGAGCUGGGCGUGGACGAGAAGGACGUCGCGGUGCUCACUCCUACAGCCGUGGCGUUUCUCGUCAAUAUUGUCGACCUCAUCACUCGGAAGGAUUCGCACACCGCUGCGGAGCUGCGACGAGCGGAGGCGGCAGAAAAGGAGGUAGAACGAAAGGUAGAGCUGCAGCGGCGGCAGCUGUCGAGCGCGAAGGAGCGGUUGGAAGAGUUAAAAGGGAAACUACAACGUGACGCCGCUGAGCACGAGAGGCACGUGGCGAUGCACCGUGACACGCGGCAGAAGGAUGAGGCGCAGCUGGAGCGUGAGCGAGCGCGUCUCCAGGCAAAGGUGGAAGAGCUGCGCAAGAUGCACAGCAGCGUCUCUGGUAUGCGGGAGGCGAUUCACAACCAGUACCAAAAACGGUGA